GUCAAUUAGAAAAUAUUAAAAAAGAGGUCAAACGAUGCUAUUUUGGUACAAAUAGCAAUGUCAAACUUAGUAAAGCAGUAAUUAAUAUGAUUUCCAUGUAUGCUUCUCUUAAACCUGUUGUUACAAAAAAUUCACAAAUUUCUGAUGAAGAAUACGAUAAGUUGACUAAAAUUUCCGUAAAAGAAGCAGUGGAGUUUAAUACUAAUUUUCAAAUAGUUCGUGUUUAUGCAA